CACAACUUUCAUCCGUCACUGUGACUGACAGACAUGCGAAUAACAAGACCCAAGCCUUCGUCCAGGGACAAACGCUUCUGAACAACCGAGCUCUUAUACUGAGUAUAACACAUAUCAACAUGAAAGCGGUGAAAAUCAUCAGUCCAGGCGAAGCCAAGGUCAUCACGGAUGUCCCCAAUCCACCCCGCCCGUCGUCCGACAACAUCCUCGUCAAAAUUUUCGCUAUAGCUCUCAACCCCCAUGACUGGAAAGAGCUCGAUUAUGGUGAACCCAGCACCCUAGGUCUGGACCUCGCGGGAAUCGUUGAAGAUCUAGGUCCUGAUGUGACGAACGGCUUCAAAAAAGGUGAUCGAGUCUUUGGUAUAACUCAUGGUGGCAACAAAUUACGCCCUCACAAUGGCGCUUUCUCAGAGUACGCGACGACACGGGAAGGUGUAUUGAUCCCAAUUCCAGAAGGCAAAAGUUUCGAGGAGGCUGUGUCGGGAGGCAUAGGCCUAUUGACUGUUGGCCAAGGAAUGUACCAGGAAAUGGCCCUGUCGUGGCCCAAUGCACCCUUGAAGGAGAAGCAGCAAAUCCUGAUUUGGGGCGGCAGCUCUGCUACAGGAGCGUUGGGCAUCCAGUUUGCGAAGCUAUCUGGAUAUGAAGUCAUCACUACUUGCUCGACCAACAACUUUGACUACGUUAAGUCGUUGGGAGCAGACCACGUCUUUGACUCACGGUCGCCCAGUACGGGAAAUGACAUUCGUGUCUUCACCAACAACCAACUUCGCCUUGCUUGGGAUACUAUUGGCGAACAUGGUUCUCCAGAGAGCUGUGGAGCAGCACUUACUUCGGAAGUUUCAGAGGGGAAACCGAUACGGUACGGAACCAUAGUGGGAGGCAACCCUGUUCGGGAGGGUGAAGUCAUCAACACCCUUUCUACAGGCUAUACUGUGGUGGGAGAGGAUGUUGAAGCAAUGGGAAGGAAAAUCCCGGCGAUGCCGAAGCAUUAUGAUUUCAUCAAGGAGUGGUUUGUUCUGGUCGAACAACUGUACCGAGAUGGCAAGUUCAAGAUGCACCGACUAGAUGUCAGACAGGGUGGCUUUGAGGGCAUUGUGAAGGGAUUGCAAGACUUGAAGGCUGGCAAGGUGAGCGGUGCGAAGGUUGUGUACCGAGUCGGAUCUUAG